AUGGCUGUACAGUGGGAAGUCACCGAUUUCAGGGUUGAGACCAGCCCAGGCGAUCAUACCCGAGAUAGCCUCUUCGCCAAUGGUCAAAUGCAGGUACCUGUAUUUGUGUCGAUUGCAGCGAUCAAUCCGACCACCGGUGCAGGCCACACGCUAAGCGCGGCGCAGCUUAAUACGAUCAAGCUGGUGGACUAUUUCAGUCCUACUACGCAACUGUCGGCCCCUUGGACUUAUUCGGGCCAGGAAAACGAAUUCCACCAUGUGUUGCCGUCAGCUGCGAGUACUGAGACGCCGCAGACCGACGCGUCCAACCAAACUACAGCGUUGCAAAAGAAAACCUGGUGGGUUUCGAGCUCGAGAGUCGAGCACAAGAACAUCGGGGCAAGCAUCCAGGCUCCCAAUGGGACCAUCUACCAUACCGGCGGCGGUGGGCCGGGCAGGUUUGAUUCCCAUGUGACCAUCACCGGUAUAGCCCCCCUCCAUUACAACAUGAGCAAUGUCCAGUUCGACCGAGAGGAUACCAAAAAUGGGACGACUACAAAUGGGAACUUUGCAUUCGAUCAGGACAAUUAUUAUUUUUCAAGCAAGGCCCAUCGAUUUCAAAAAGUCGAAGUCAGGGGCCAUUUUUUUGACCCGGCGAACGAUCCACCGAGUGAGCGAUGUUAUUUGCGAGUUUCUAAGGGGGGAAUCUUCGAACAAAGCUACCUGCACUACUUGUGGCCGAUGGGCUCGCAACAAACAAGGCAAGCAGGGCACAAGAACGCACGAGCCGAUAUUACAAUCAAUCAACGACAGGGUGCCCUAUGUUUCACCCGCUUCACUCUUGGGGGCAUAGGCAGAUUAUACCCCGAUAAUGGUGGCUGGUAUACGAAUCAGUUCACGAUAUAUGAUCAAUAUGGCAAUUGGGGGAAAUUCCAAGCAGGUCAUGACGGUUCAAAAAACCUCAUCACCAUGUCCGCUGUCAAUUCGUUAUUGGAUGAACAGUCCUCGCCCAGCGAGAAUUUCACACCCAUCAGUCCAGAGGAGGCGGCUUCUCUUGAUCUGGAAAAUUGA